CGCUGGUCAAUUGCGUCAACAUGGCGACGUUAGAAGUCAUUGUGGAUAAUUUGGUGGUACUGUGGAGGAUACCGGCCGUCCGACAUAACUUCCCCUGGAUGUUUUUGCUCCUCUCGGUCGUUGGGUCCGUCCUGAAAGAGCUGGAGCUCGUUCCGCAGACGUAUUUCAGCAGCAGCACAAACGCCCUGAACGUAUAUUUUGUUAAAGUGUCCUGGGGCUGGACGGUGCUGCUGUUAACACCCUUCCUCCUCCUGUCCAACUCCUCCUUCAGCAGGAGUGUCUCCUUCCUCGGCCGGCGGCUGCUGUCUCUGGUGGUGGCAACAGUGGUCUGGUACGUCUGCACAGAGACCUUCUUCUACAUCGAGGAUGUGACUGGUUCUUGUUACGAAAGCAGCGCCUUGAAAGUCAUCAACAAGGAGUUCACGUUGAAAGCCACCUGCAGGCGUGCUGGCUUCCACUGGGACGGCUAUGACAUCUCGGGACACUCCUUCAUCUUGGCCUACUCUGCCCUCUUCAUCAUGGAGGAAACUGCCCCAAUGGCCUCCCUGAAUACCACCAGCCUUUCUGGACUUCCCAGAAUGGUCUUGAACCUGCUGUAUAUGGCCUUGAAUCUUAUUAUGAUUAUUUGGGUGUGGAUGUUCACCUGCACCUCUGUUUAUUUCCAUGACCCAUCUCACAAGUUGCUCGGGACCAUAAUUGCUCUACUGGGGUGGUAUUUGACAUAUCGGGUUUGGUAUCUAAAGCCGAUGUCACCAGGUCUCCCCCCUCAGCGCCACCCAAAAGAACAGAAACAGCAUGCCUAAGCUGAACACACAAGUAAAUCCAUCCUCAGAACAGCACACUACAUUUGACGUUAUCUGCUUUCAGGUCCAAACCAGCCAACUCUACUUGAAGCUAUUUUAAGUAAUUCCCCUCUUCAGACUGGUCACCUUGUACGAGAUGACUUGGAGUCCUCGGUUUGGCAGCUGCUGAUCCCAAAAUGACUCGUGGUAAUCUGAGAUAAAAGCAUGGAGCCGCUGCGCUGCCUCGCUUCAUCCUCUCACCUUCAGCCUCAUGGUUCACGGUUCUGUUGUUUGCCUUAUAGUGCUUUAUUCCUGACUGAGUAUUUGCAGUUUUUAGAUAUGAAUGGGAACACUUGAGAAUGUUUACAGCUCCAGUUGUAUAGCACUGAUGAUGUUUUUCACAGACCAAUGUACAGUAAAUGUUCAUUGUUAUUUAUUUAGGAAGCUACCUUUAGAACAAAGCGCUGAAGCUGCGUUUCAUUAUUUUAAAUCAGCUGUUUCUCUUGAUCAUGCAUGAUUUGAGGUCAGAGCAACUGUGUGUCAACAUUACAUGUAAAGUUUGUUCAGGGUAUGUAGAACAUGGUUAAGAACAGAAAAUAUAGAGACUUUUAAUGUAUUUACUCUCAUUUUAGGCAAGCAGUAAGGUUGGAAAUAUUCAGUAUUUUCUUUUGAGCUUCACCUAACACUUAUUUUCAUCAUUAAUAUACAAAUUAUUUUUUUCUGUUAACUGUUCUCUGAAAAAUACCAAAACCGUUUAACAAAAAUGCAAGGAAAUAUAAAAUAUUUAGUCCCUACAAUAUAAAGUUUAAAACAUGGAUGAAAUCAACAGAUUACCACAUUUAGAAGAGCUGAAAGCAGCUUCUGUACUUUGUGGCAUUUUUGUUCAUUAUUUGAUUGUUUAGGUUUAAAUUUUUAUUUUAGCUGGUCACAAAAAUACAAAUUCCUCUGUGCCAAAAUUUUCUGUUUCUGCCCAAAAGCUAUUAAAACUAUAAAUAGUGAACAGUGUAGUUUAUCGACGUGCCCUCUACUUUUUAAAAUUAGGCUUCAGAUUCUCCUUUCUGAUAAGUUUGUAGUUAGUGCUGGAUCAGGAUCCCAGAAUCAUGCCUUUAGUUAUGCUGCUGGGGGACUUCCCAUGAUGCACUGAGUACUCUACUCAUGCGUUUAUACGUCAAAACUACAUGUCGGCGGGCGCCUGGGUGGCUUAGUGGGGAAGCUGGCGCCCACAUACAUAUGCUGCGGUGCGGGCGGUGUAGAUUCGAGUCCCAGCCUGUUGCCAAUUUGCCCGCGUGUCUUCCCCCAUUUCCUGUCUCCCUCCACUGCCGAUAAAAGCCGCUGUGGCCAAAAAUGCAAAAAAAAAAAAAACUACAUGUCAACUUCUGUAGUUUGUUUGGUCCUGCUUGCUGUUUGUGGUCUCGCUAUACUCUCCUUUGCUUUCUCUUCUUUUCCCUCAACCAUGGUCUGAGCAGAUGGCCGACCCUCCCUGAACCUGUUCCUUCCUGUGUAACCCUAGAACACAAUUUUGUAAUACAAUCACUAACAUCAGCUAUAUUUUACCCAAUAUACCCGAUAAAGCAUACUUCCCAUUAAAAGAUAUUAAACUAUAAAAAAUAUUAUGCAAAUGGAAGUACUCUUAUUUUCCCCCCAUACAGCAUCUCAUAACAAAAAAGGUAUAUAAAAAAAAAAAAAGGCUCUAAAAUUAGUGCAAAAUUAGGGAAAAAAUUCCUGAAACAAAUGAUGGAACUGGGAGCUUGUUCGUCUGUCCACUGAUUCCUGGGAUAUGUGAGCCUUCUCCAGUGAAGGCACAGCCUCGCUGCAUCACUAACAGCUAUGCUACAGAUAAACAAAAAAAAGGCAUUUUUUUGAGAAGGGAAAAAUGACGAGCUGACUAUAAAAAGUCAAACUUUUUAUAGUCAGCUCGUCAUUUUUUUUUAUGCAUGAUUUCUGCAUGCAGCUCAGCAGCAUAAUGAAAAUCACCUGGCUACAAUCCUGUGGAUGAAAAUCACCCAACGUUAGUGUUCUAGGGUUAAAAGGGAGUUCUUCCUCCCCGCUGUCACUAGGUGUUCACAGGGGAUCGUCUAAUGAUCUUUACCUCACACUAAAGCACCUUGAACUGUGUGAAUUGGCCUUAUAUGAAUAAAUCUGAAUUGAAUUUCCA